AUGGCAUCUUCCGAGAACAAAACUGUCAUCAUAACGGGUUGCAGCAGCGGCAUUGGCCUAGCAACGACCCUGGUGUUCCUCUCACAAAAGGCGCGAGUCUUCGGUAUCGAUAUGUCGCCCUUCACCCAUGAGCUUGACGCCAUCUACAACGAUUCUUUUACUUUUCACAAAGCCGACCUUUGCAAGCCCGGCGCAGCCGAGGAUGCAAUAUCUGCUUGCAUUGCAAAAUACGGCCCGAGCAUCGACGUGCUAGCCAAUGUUGCGGGUAUCAUGGAUGCCUUCAGCAGCGCUGAUACGGUCAGGGACUCGGAAUGGGAGCGCGUGCUUACCGUUAACCUCACAGUACCUGUCCGGAUGAUGACGGCUGUAUUGCCCAGCAUGAAGAAUCAACAAAGCGGUUCCAUCGUAAACGUUGGAAGCUAUGCGAGUCUCUCGGGUGCGGUGGCUGGCAUCGCAUACACAGCCAGUAAACAUGGGCUUAUCGGUGCGACCAAAAACGUCGCAUGGCGCUUUCGGAAGGAUGGCAUUCGAUGCAACGCCGUACUUCCAGGUGCCGUUCCCACCAAUAUCCGCUCAUCGAUGGUGCAAGAAAAUGUCGACCAGGCAGCAAUGGAAGUAUACCGGUACAGGGACGACCUUCCAUACGGAUCCGUAGGCCCUGACGAUAUUGCGCAAGGCAUUGCAUUUCUUGCCUCCGAUGCUGCAAAGACGAUCAGUGGUGUGGUGAUGCCGAUAGACAAUGCUUGGUCGACUAUCUAG